CGACAGCCCAGCAAUAAGUCAUUCCCCAUAUCAUCGCUGGCCCUCUGUUUAUUCAGCGACAGGGUCAGGGGUGUCGACCCACUACUCUGCACUGUCAUCACAUGACCUCCGGGUGACAUCGCUAUAGGAGACAGUGUGCGGACUCAGCAUAUCUCUACUCAUCUGCUGUCAAUCACUGCACCAAAGAGGAGGGCGGAUAGCCAGAGGUGAGUGAUGAAGAUGGAGAUGAUUACCAACUUGAGAGAUACAAGGAGGAGGAGAAAGGCUGAAUGCAUCAAAGAACACAUCCAAGAGUUGGAUCAGUGGGGUCCUGACCCGUGUGUCGUCAUUGGGAUAUUAUGGUCGCACGUUCCCCUGUCUCUGAUGGAGCUCACUGGGAGGUUAAUGAAAGCACGAGUCAAGGAGAUGCCACUACACGCCAAGGCCUGAGGAGCGGGGGGAAGAUGAGACCUCCUAGCCCUCUGCUGAUCCUCUUCUACAUCACGCUGAGCAAGAGUGCCAAGGUGGUCAAGGUGGUCUCCAAGAGGGGCUCAGUUGAUGGCUGCACAGACUGGUCCAUAGACUACCUGAAGUACCAGGUGCUGGUGGGAGAGCCUGUCAGACUGAAGUGUGCUCUGUUCUAUGGCUACAUCAGGGCCAACUACAGCCAGGCGCAGGGCGUGGGCCUCAGCCUCAUGUGGUACCGCAGCUCUGGACUGGGACACAGUGACUUUGAGGAGCCCAUCUCCUUCGACGGUGUGAGGAUGAGUAAAGAGGAGGACUCCAUCUGGUUCAGACCGGCCGACUUCCAGGACGUGGGGCUGUACUCCUGUGUGCUGCGGAACUCGACGUACUGCAUGAAGGUGUCCAUGUCUCUGAGCGUGGCGGAGAAUGACACGAACCUGUGCUACAACUCCAACAUGAGGAGGAUGGAAAAGGCGGAGCUGAGUAAGACCAAAAACAUCACCUGCCCAAACAUCGAGGACUACGUGGAGCCGGGGAAGGAGCUGGAGAUCACAUGGUACAAGGAAUGCCGUCCGAAGCAGUGGCGAGCCAGCGUCCUCUAUAAAGGAAGCAAUCUGACUUUUGAAGAGGUGACGGAGGACGACAUUGGAAAUUACACUUGCGAGGUGCAGUUUGGAGGGUUUUUGGUCAGAAGGACGACAGAGCUCAUAGUCACCGCUCCUCUGACCGACAAGCCGCCCAAAAUCCUGUUCCCGUCUGAAAACAAGAUUAGCAGCAUGGAGCUCCAGCUAGGUAGUACUCUGAACCUGACGUGCCGAGCCUUUUUCGGCUACAAAGGAGAAGCAGCGCCGAUCAUGUACUGGAUGAAAGGGGAGAAGUUCGUGGAGGAUUUGGAUGAAGAGCGAGUUCAAGAGAGCGACAUCAAGGUUGUAAAGGAACAUCUGGGGGAAAAGGAAGUGGUCAUCUCCUUGACGAUAGAUGCGCUAGAGGAGGAGGAUAUGGGCAACUAUUCCUGCUACGUGGAAAACGCCAACGGCCGUCGACACGCCACCAUGCAGAUCUUAAGACAGACAGAGUUGAUGUACACGGUGGAGCUGGCAGGAGGCCUGGGAGCCAUUCUUCUCCUCCUCAUCUUCCUCAUCUCCCUCUACAAGUGCUACAAGAUCGAGCUCAUGCUUUGCUAUAGGAGACACUUCGGCAGCGAGGACCUUGACGGAGAUAACAAAGACUAUGAUGCUUACCUGUCCUACACCAAAGUGGAUCCGGACCAGUGGAGCCAGGAGACCAGAGAGGAGGAGCGCUUUGCUCUUGAGAUCCUCCCGGACGUCCUGGAGAAGCAUUAUGGAUACAAGCUCUUCAUUCCAGAUCGAGACCUCAUUCCAACAGGAACAUACAUCGAGGACGUAGCUCGCUGCGUAGACCAGAGCAAGCGCCUCAUUAUAGUCAUGACCCCAAAUUACGUGGUGCGUCGAGGCUGGAGCAUCUUUGAGCUGGAGACUCGGCUCAGAAACAUGUUAGUGACCGGAGAGAUAAAGGUCAUUCUGAUCGAGUGUGCCGAACUCAGAGGCAUCAUGAACUAUCAAGAGGUGGAGGCGCUCAAACACACCAUCAAAACCCUCACUGUCAUCAAGUGGCACGGCCUCAAGAGCAACAAGCUCAACUCCAAGUUCUGGAAGCAGCUGCAGUACGAGAUGCCCUUCCGGCGCACAGAGCCCAUGCUGAGUCACGAGCCGGCUCUGGACGUGAGCGAGCAGGGCCCCUUCGGAGAGCUGCAGACAGUCUCCGCCAUCUCCAUGGCAGCCGCCACAUCCACAGCCAUGGCCACGGCCCACCCAGAGCUGCGCUCGUCCUUCCACAACACCUACCACACCACCAUGCGGCAGAAACACUACUACCGCAGUUAUGAGUUUGACAUUCCCCCCGGAGGCACCCUGCCACCUCUGUCCUCUCUGGGGAACCAGCACACCUACUGCAACAUCCCACUCACACUGCUCAAUGGACAGCGGCCUCCCGGAAAGAGUCGAGAGCACAGCCUGGAGGAGGCCCAUGCCAACAACGCCAUGCUCCCUCUGCUGCCACGUGAAACCAGCAUCUCCAGUGUCAUCUGGUAGAAGAACAAGUGUCUGCAGACAGCUCAGAGGUCAUCCGUCCGACCAGGAGAGCUGUCACAGACGUUACCGACAUGAAAUGAUCCUUGAGAUCCAGAAGGUGCAGUCUAACACUACUGACUGGGAAACAACGGUUUUGGACACGUCUUUUCUAUGUGGACCUCACCUGUGCAGCAGGUGGAUUUUUCUAUGUGGAAUUACAGGAAACACUGUUUGAUCCAACAGUGAAUCAGACAUGUGGGGAAAUGAAAAAGGACUUCAUGGCAUUUGUGCACACUAAUAUAAUCCAUCUCCUCGUGCAUACACUCAACUAAAGGAAAACAGGGUCCUGUACAUAUAUUUCAAUUUAUUUGUAGCAUCAGUGUUUUCCUAUUUGUCCUUUCAUUUGUCUUUUGUUUUAGUCACAUUUGUUGCCUUCACUACUG